AUGAACUAAUCAGGCACGAACCAAUCAAGUGUAUCAGAUUCCAACCAAAUAGGCAUAAACCAGCCAAGCACAAGCUUACUUGGUAUGAACCAAUUGGAUAUGAACCAAUAGAGUGCAAGCCAAGUGGAUAAACAACCAAGCAUGGGGCAAGCUGGCGUGAGGCAAUCAGGUGCAAACCUACCAGACAUAAACCAACAUAGUGUGAAACAACUAGGCAGAUGGCAAUUAGCUAGGAGCCAACCAGGCAUGCUGCAACAAGACAUAAGAUAACUAGACCUAAAUGAAGCAGGCUUAAGCCAACCAUGCCCAUCGCAACCAGGCCAAAGCCAAUUAGACCCGAGAAAAUCAAGCUUGAAGCAAAAACACAAGACCAAAUCAGGUGUGCAUCAAAAAGUGAUGUGGCGACUAGACAGCCCAUCAAGAGGGAGCCAACGAAGCAUGAGACAAGUAGGCACCAGCCAAUCAGGCACAAGCCAAAUAGGCAUGAGCCAACCAGACACAAGGCAAACAGACUUGAGCCAAUCAGCCCCGAGCCACCCACACAUCAGUCAACCAGGCAUGAGCGAGCAAGUCCCCAGGCAACCAGACACUAACGAAUCAAGUAGUAACCAAACAGGCGUAGCGAACCAAUUAAGUUUAUCAGAUUCUAACCAAAUAGGCAUAAGCCAGUCAAGCUUAAGCUUACAUGGUAAGAGCCAACCGGACAUAAGCCAAUGGAGUGCAAGCGUGUAUGACACAAAACAAGUGGACAUGAAACAACCAAGCAUGAGCCAAGUUGGCAUGAGACAAUCAAGUACAAACCUACAAGACAUAAACCAACCUGGCAUGAAACAACCAGGCACACGGCAAUCAGGUAGGAACCAACCAGGCAUGUAGCAACAAGACCUGAACCAAUUGGUACUGAGUGAAGCAGGCAUAAGCCAACCAGGUCCAUCUCAACCAGGCCCCCCAGUGAUGGGGCAACUAGACACGGGCCAGUCAGGUAGGAGCCAACGAAGCAUGAGACAAGCAGGCACCAGCGAACCAGUCCCAAGCCUACCAAACACCAGUAAACCAGGCAUGUGGCAACAAGGCAUGAAGCAACCAGGCACUAGCCAAUCAAGUAAGAACCAAACAGGCUUGAGCCAUCCAAGCAGUGGUCAACCAUGAAUAUGUGAAUGGGGCCCAAGUAACCAAGGCCCGAGCAAAGAAGAAGUGAACCAAUGAGUUGUAAGCCAACCAGGCCUGAAUCAACCAGGCAGGAGCCAAGCAAGUGUGAGCCAACUGGACAUGAGGCAAACAAGCAUGGAUUAUUUACAAAUAAUAACUGCACAGGCCGAAGACUGCUCAGAAAUUUUACGUCUGAUUGAAUCAGAUUUACUCAGAGAUGGCUUUGAGGACACUCUCCUUUUCUACUGCCUGAUUGCAGAAGCAAACAGUCAACAAAAUCCAUCAGACAAACUGACUGUUGGAUUUGCCAUGUACUACUUUACAUAUGACUCACGGAUUGGUAAGGUACUUUACCUAGAGGACUUUUAUGUCACAAAAGCUUACCAAGGUCUAGGUAUUGGAGCUGAAAUGCUGAAGAUGCUAAGUCAGAUUGCCAUCCAAACCCAGUGUAGCUGCAUGCAGUAUCGUGUUGUCAUUUGGAACCAGUCUUCUAUCACCUACUAUACUAGUCGAGGGGCUUUAGACCUUUCCUCUGAGGAGGGCUGGCAACUCUUCAGGUUGGACAGAGAAGAACUCCUGAAAAUCAUAGAGGAAGAAUGA